AUUGUGUUCGCGACUGUGAACAAGAAAGCACGACACGAAAAUUCUUCGCGAUGCGUUGAAUUAUUUAUGUAUUUUGAGAAAAAAAAAACAUUUAGUCUAUGUUAAAUGAACAUUUAAACGCUUCAGCAUUAUAGGUCUUUAGCAUACGAAUUAUCGGAUUUCGCGUGCUAUGUUUAAUGCUAUCGCAAUAUAUAUUAAUCAAUUCAUCAAUCCCAUAUUUUAGUUGUUUGGAAAUAGUAUCGCAAGGCAGCUGUUUGUUUGUGUGUGUUACAGUGAUAAGUGUUAUCAGGUACGCUGCAGGUUAAUUAAAUAGUUAAUUAUAUUCAUACUACGGUGUUCGUCUAUAUAACUGCAGUUAUACAGCUGUAUCAGUAGUGUGCAAUGUCUAAGCGCACGGUGACCAACGACGUGUACAAGGGGCUGGUGGAAGCGUUCUCCAUCCCCGCUGAGCUGCACGAGAGAGACGGCAAGCCCUUCGCCAGCGUCGGCUCCGUGCUGCCCAUACACUGCGCCACGCCCCAACAGUUGGCGGAGAGAGCGGAGACCACCCACCACUACUGCGACGUGUUCACGGACGAAAUAUUGGCGCCGCUCGGAGAGCUGGCCUACGUGCGCAUUGACGAAAAUGUAGCCGAAAAGGUGUUCCUGAACCGCAGCAAGCGCAUCCUGCUGAUCUCGAGCGACGGCAAGCUUGCGCAGUGGCGGUGCGCGCCCACCUUCGAGUCGGCCAACAGCUUCGUGGCCGGCGCGCCCAUCGUCAACAAGGACGGCGCGCUCGUGUCCGUGGUCACCGCGCGCAGGGGCAACAACUACGCUGUCUCGGCCUUUGAAGGUGAUGGGGGCUACUUCGCAACCACCAAACACUGGGAAGUAGUUGAACUGGAAGACGGCAAACUGUACUAUGCAGACAAAAGUUUCUCCACGCGUGAGGACUUAGCUGCGUACCUCCAGGCCCUCCCCCCGGUCGAAGUCAACACCGAGGCGCUACCGAAACCUGUCCUGCUGAAUGGAAAGUCCCCCAGGAUCGCCCUGGUAGCGGAGAACGGCAGACAACUGUCGCACCAUUACUUGUGCGGUGUAUUCUCUGAUGUUGAAUAUUUGUAAAUACACAUCAAUCUAAAUUAUUUAUAACUGGCGCCUCCAUAUACUGUUUUUUUUUUUCUGAUUGUGUAAGUGUCGUAGGCUCCAUAAGGGACCUCAGCGGCGUCACCGGGGGGUUUGGGCGAGCGCAGAAGCAGAGUAGAUGGGCGGAACGACUCUCUAAGGGCGUCUCCUCUGAGAUUCGGACCUCGACUUAGAGGGCCGUUCGGGAAGGGUGUUUUGGCCUGAGUGUAUCAGUCCGGGCGCCCCCGAGAUCGUGGGUUAAAAAAAACCCACGUCUGGGUGACGUCAGAUAUCGGGGACCUCGGGCUGUGUAGCUUGUGUUUGUGUUGCCUGGGAAGCAUUGUCGUUCAUUAUGUCAUCGUCAGGAUCGUAAAGGACGUUUUUUGGGCGUCUAGAUCUACAAUACAGCGUUGAUAUCGGGGAUGUAGCUGCAAGCCCCAUAUAUUGAAUGGUCUAGGCGUAAUACGGGACGCAGUAUUGAAUAGGCCGUACAGACUACUUUAGUAUUUAAGUCGAGUACGAACAAUUUUUGGGCGGUAAAUCCAAAAAUUGUUCGUACUCGACUAAAACACUAAGGUAGUCCGAACUAGGCCUAAAUGACAGUAAAUAUUUCGUUCAUUUUAUAGACAAUCAAUCAAUAAAGUUAUAAAAGCACUUUUGACAAAUAAAGUCUCUCAGUGAAUAGUGAUUCUUAUUACCGGUUCUAAUAAAUUCUACCGAUAAGAGCCGAGAGAGAACUCCGAUGUUCUUUUACAGUUAUUUGUGUGCAGAAGUAAAUAGAGCUCUUUGCUUUCACGAUACGUCCCACAACCACUAAAGUAGCCCCUGAAGUCAUUCCACUACUACCUCGCCACAUCACCAAAUCUGCGGUUGCCAAACCCCCCGGUAAAUUUACACACACAAAGGAGCCUCCUUGAUGGAAAUUUAAAAAACAUCGAGACAAAAAAUACAUGAAAAAAAAGAUCAUUUGACAUUAACAGGCGCAAAAUGCAAAUGCAUCUAGAUGCCAGUGUAAAAUAAUUUAGAUGUGAAGUUCAAGUACAAAAUAGAAUAUGUCGCGGAUCAAAACUAACGCAAAUGUCGUACCUAAUCUACGGAUGGCAUUUCAUACAUACACUAUAGGUACCUCCUCCUCAACCUCGUAGUGCACAGGGUACGAGGUGCGCUGGAGGUGAUUCAUUUAUGCGUGUGAAGUAGUUUGGCAACUUCGUUCGUAACACUCCCGAUGUCGCGCGGGCCGGGGGGCGUGUAGCGAUGAAUGAAAAAUCCACAACUGAUGCACGUCAUUUCCCCGCACGCACGAUUUCACAACCGCGCUGUCUUUCCUCCUGUCGCCCGCAUAUCAUGGGAGUGUUAUCAACGAACUUGCCAGACUAUAGGCAUGUAGCGCUAUAGCCGGCAACGGGAGGGGAAGAACUACGCGGGUGUGAGGUCGUGCGCGCGGAGCAAAGGGAAGGACUACAACCCACCACCUCCCAUGGCCCACCCGACUUCGAAGUCAUUCGGGUCGUAUCAGUGGGAGGGCGGGCCCGGUACUUGCUCUUCGUGUGUUCAAAGAAAAGGACUCCGCGGGUAUGAAGUCGUGCGCGCGGCCCACGCCCAUCACUACCCCCUCUCGACUCCCGCGGACCAUCUGGAGUGUUACGAACGAAUUAGCCAAGCUCUCAGACCAAUUAUACAAGGACCAGUAUCGCACUCAUAGUCACCAACAAAAUUGUCUGUCAUUUUCUGAGGAAAACGAGCUUAUAUUUGGUAUAUAUCACAUACUAAACUAGAAGUUUUUACCCAUUUUUUACACCAUCGAACUACACAAAAAGGUAUUUUUACGGAUCGGAUCUCUUUAACCGACGAACACGAUUACAACUAUAUAACAUUUAUUCUAUAGAGACAGUUUUUAUAAUCGCAUUAGAUCGUUGAUCAUAUACUUGGACAGAAAAGUAACGUUUAGCGAAGCAGGUCCUAUACAAAAAUUGGUCGGAGGCCAAGCUACAAUAAACCGUGCUCUAUUUAAUCCUAAUUAGUUUAAUAAUGCGUACAUGCAACAUUUUUGCUAAAAAUUACAGGAAUCGAUAGUAACAGUUUUCAUGCUACAAGACAAAUUCAUCACAGCAUUUUUAAAACAUAAAAUAUUCUUGAUUGGAUUCUGGACGCAGAGUUUCGGUUUUGUAAUUAGGAUUAAUUCCAAAACUUGAAUUCUGAAUCGAAAUUAUAACUAAUGUAUGUGUUUUUUCUUUUAGUUGUUACUUGUAAUUAUUUUGCAAAUUUUUGUUAUUUUAUCAUGUCUCAACAAUUUCUUUUUACUAGACAACUCCCGCUGUGAGAUUCUAAUGUUGUUUGAUUGACAAACUAUUUUUGCUAAAAAUAAUAUAUUAUCUCUUUUCCUGUAAGUUUCAGCAAAAAACGUUGUAUGUACGAUUUGUACAAUUAAUGUUUCCAUAAAUGAUUGCAAUUUUUUCAAGAAUUCUUCUUAAGGAUUUUUAAUAUUUUUUCCAUCUAUCUCUGUAGAAUUAUAAUUUCAACAAAAUUAUCUUAUUUGAAUUAUGAAAAAAAUGUAAACAUGGAGUUAAAAAAUAAUAAUGCCAAUGUACCUACAAAUGCAAAUGUACAGACUAAUAAAUAAAAUAUUCUUAUAUUAUUUACACUUUUAAUAAUAUCAUGCGAGUAAAUAAUUUUUCAUUAUUAUGAAAUAAAUAUUUAUGCUUAGUUAAUAUAUUAUAUACUGUGGUAGAAUGAAAAAGGAGGCGUAAGAAAAAAUAUACAUUAUGUAAAAUAUAA